GUCGGAUUAAAGAAAAUAUCAGAAGAUGGCCACUGCACAAUUACAGAGAACUUCCAUGAGUGCACUGAUAUUUCCUAAUAGGAUAUCAACUGAGCAGCAGUCUUUAGUGUUAGUGAAGAGGCUCCUAGCAGUUUCAGUAUCCUGCAUCACAUAUUUGAGAGGAAUAUUUCCAGAAUGUGCUUAUGGAACAAGAUAUCUAGAUGAUCUUUGUGUCAAAAUUCUGAGAGAAGAUAAAAAUUGUCCAGGAUCUACACAGUUAGUGAAGUGGAUGUUAGGAUGCUAUGAUGCUUUACACAAAAAAUAUCUGAGGAUGGUUGUUCUAGCUGUGUACACCAAUCCAGAAGACCCUCAGACAAUUUCAGAAUGUUACCAGUUUAAAUUCAAGUACACCAGUAAUGGACCAGUCAUGGACUUCACAAGUAAAAACCAAAGCAGUGAACCUAAUAUGUCAUCUGCUGACACCAAGAAAGCAAGUAUUCUUCUCAUUCGCAAGAUUUAUAUUCUAAUGCAAAAUCUGGGACCUUUACCUAAUGAUGUUUGUUUGACCAUGAAACUUUUUUACUACGAUGAAGUUACACCCCCAGAUUACCAGCCUCCUGGUUUUAAGGAUGGUGAUUGUGAAGGAGUGAUAUUUGAAGGGGAGCCUAUGUACUUAAAUGUGGGAGAAGUACCAACGCCUUUUCACACCUUCAAAGUAAAAGUGACCACUGAGAGGGAACGAAUGGAAAACAUUGGUUCAGGUAUAUUAUCACCAAAACAAUUAAAAACACCACUUCAAAAAAUUCUUACGGACAAAGAUGAUUUAGAAGAUGACCAGGAGCAUUACAUAAGUGAUGAGUUUGACACUGAAACUAAAAUGGAAGAGCUGGAAAAAAACCCUGGCUGUUCUGUACAUAGAGAAGCAGGUUUGGUUUGUGAGAAAGAUGAAAUGAAAUCUAAAGGAAGUCCAGAUUUUUCAGUUUCUCAUUCUCAGGUUGAACAGUUAGUCAGUAAAACAUCUGAGCUUGAUGUGUCUGAAAGCAAAACAAGAAGUGGAAAAAUUUUUCAGAAUAAAAUGGCUAAUGGAAAUCAACAAGUAAAAUCUAAGGAAAAUCGGAAGAGAACUCAGCUUGAAUCUGGGAAAACAGUCCUUCAUCCCUUUGAUUCUUCUAGUCAGGAGUCAGUGCCAAAAAGAAGAAAGUUUAGUGAACCGAAGGAGCGUAUAUAA